AUGGCAGCAGAAAGCAUUGACUACUUGCCCUUGCAUAUUCGGGUCCGCUCAAGUCGGUGGUUUACGAUAGCAUCAGUUGCUAUCGCUGUCUUCACCGACACCUUUCUCUACGGGCAUGCCCCUCACAGCCAAGUGAUACUCACAGCAGUAGCCGUAGGGCUAUCUGGGGCGGGUAACUUGGUCGGAUCAUAUCAUAUCCGUAACCGCCGGACCUCGCUCCUUCUCGGGCUCACCGUCUUUAUCGCCGGAACAGCCAUGAUAUGGGCCGCAAGACACUUUGCUAUUCUUUCGAUCGGCCGGCUGCUGCAGGGUUUGGCCUCAGCAGCUGUCUGGGUCGUCGGUCUGGCGUUGCUAGCAGAUACCGUUGGCCGCGACGAGGUUCCCGUGGCCAUGGGCUAUGUCAAUGUCGGGUUCAGUGGAGGUACAGUGCUGGGUCCCAUCGCUGGUGGUCUUCUCUACUCCCUUGGCGGUUUCGAUGCUGUCAUGGGGUUAGCUGUCGGCUUGCUGUGCCUAGACAUCUUGCUCAGGAUCCUCAUUAUCGAGAAGAAGGACCUGCCGUCGUUUCUCAGCACUGCAGCUGUCAAAGGCUCUCUCUUCGACCAGGAAGCAUCAUCUCCUCUGCUCCGUGAGUCGGUGCCUUCGUAUACCACCUGUGCCGAGAGACCUGCAGUGUGCAACGGGUCUGGCGGAGAGGAUAACAUUACGUCGGCUGUACCAGAGAUCGCACUCCGCAUUCUGAUUCAGUCUCGUAGACUGUUGGUCAGCCUAGGAUGCACACUAGUUCAGGCCAUCACCAUGACAGCGUUCGAAGUUACGCUGCCGCUUCAUCUAUACGAGACCCCAGGAUACACCAUGCUUGACACGGGGCUCGUAUUCAUCCCGAUCAUGGUGCCAGCUCUGCUGUCGCCUGUCAUCGGCCACAUCUGUACUCGACUCGGCAACCGCCCCGUCGUAUUGACCGGCUACCUGGUCUGCGGUACUAUGCUGAUUCUUCUACGCCUGCAUACGUCCAGCGAUACCGUCCACGACAUGGGUCUACACGUGGCCCUCGCCUUCAUCGGCCUCGCUAUGUGUAUGGUUAUGACCCCCGUGCUGAGUGAGGUCUUCGCCGCCGUCGAAGACCUAGAGCGCGAGAAGCCGGGUCGUUUUGGUGCGUACGGCGCCUUUGCGCAGGCCUAUGGCUUGUUCGAGCUUUUCUAUGCUGCUGGGUCACUUUUGGGUCCAGUGUUAGCGGGAUGGUUAAAGACGCAGUUUUCGUGGGCGUCCAUGACUUUGGGCUUGGGAGCUUUGAACCUCAUUACGAUAGCCGUAGUCCUUCUGCUCUAA